AUGGCCAUGCUCGAAACCACGAUUCGAGAGGCGUUCGUGGAAGGUGUCUAUCUCGUGACGCUCUACUCCGACUUGGACCCUGCCAUGAAUACGGUGCUCAACCACGUGAGCUCGGACGGCUCGCAAGCCAAGCUCAUGACCAACCCUGCGCGCACGAUCAUUACGCAAGACGGCGUUGCUUCAGCUGAUGCCUUGGGCACGGACUAUAUUAUCAACUCGUACCCGCUGGGGCCGUGGUAG